AUGGGCGGAAUAGAGGGGAAAAUGAUCCAGCUCCCCGAGUCUCAGAUUCUAGUGCACAUCGCCGCCCCGAGCACCGCACAAGAUGACGCACGCUAUAGAGCCCAAGUUGCCGCUAUCCUGGAAUUCCAGUGUGCCUCACGACAGCCACUGAUGGAGAUAAGCAAGUUCUCAGCUCCCACCGAUCCAGAUCACGCGCACCCCUUCUCCGCCGGUGCCGCCGUGGAUUCCUCGGUGCCCUCGACGACUCAACACGAGGCGUCGCCAAUACUGCGGGAGGCGCCCCGGCCCGCAUACGCGACCUUAUCCUCGGAUCGUCGCUUGAUCCCUGAGAGGGAUGGCGCGACUCCACGCCAUCCCAUCAUCUCAAAUCAUCCUGACUCCCUCGAGAGUCUCAUCAGCGUCAUUCCGGACUCCCAACCCGAGAUCGCCGAGGAACUAGUCUACGCCGAGCAAUCUCGUGCAGAACUAUCGCCUCCAUCGCAGCUUGCUCCACCUCCUAAAAGACGUCGCACAUCCCCAGCCUCCAUUAGUCCAGCUCAACCGGUUUUAAUUACGGACUCUCCUGCAGCGGACCAGCCCGCUGCAUCUCACAGGAUGAUCCCCGUCGAGAACCAGGAACAUCUGCUCCCCACUGGUUCCCCCCAAAUUCCCAUCUCAAUAUCCAGCUCAGAUCCAGAUGAAGGCCCAGACUAUUCCAUGUCUCAACCUACCACACCCUCACAUCACAUUCCCAUUCCCGCCAGCACAACCCCUAAUCCCAUCGAUCUCUCCACCCUCCCUCUCGAAAUCCACCCCCCAAAACCCCCAAUCUCCACUGUCCCUUUCACUACCCACAUAACCCCAACCCUAUCAAUGCUCGCAGAACGUCUAAACCCAGCACGAACCUACAAACCAUCCACUCAAACGCGUCCCCUCGACCCCCUAGAACGGGGCUACUGGCUCGUGCACCUCGCUAUCGAGAACAAAAACCAAGGCCGAGAUCCAGCCGAUCUUCUCCCAUACCAAAACCCAAAACGCAAGCAUGGAACCACUAAUCCCACUCAAAAGCCAACCGAAAACCCAAAUUCAAAGUCAAAAGAGAACACACAGACCUGGCCCUACCCGCUCUUCCACGUCUUCUGGUCCUUCCUCUCGGACUUCGUAGGCAGGGACGGCCGUGCGGGCUGGGGCGUCUGGUGUAUUCUUGAGGCUGCGACGGCCCCUUCAACGCGCUCUGACACGCACGUCUCUCUUAAAGUUUAUGCGUGGGGUGAGGUCGCUAUGCAUGUCUACCUUCUGCUCUACUUGGCGAGUGAACGGCGGGUCCGUGGGAUAGGCGUUCAGUGGCGGGAUGCGCGGGAGGAGGUUGUUAUUCAGAUGCCGUAA